GAUCUCCGUGAUAACGCUUGAAGUGUUACUGCUUAUUGAAAGAACUCUUGCAGAUAUUAGCCAUUCUGCCGAAGAAGUUUGUGUGCUUGGUAGUGUAAGACCCAAGAGAAGAUCUAGACCUAGUACUCAGACUGGAUAGAGAAAUGGCGCAGCCCGCGGUGUUACACCAAGUCCAUGCUCCGUCGCCGUAUAUCCACCGUCCUUUACAGGACCACCCGUUUGGGCAGAUAGGUUUGACAGUGGAACCUCACAAAUCGACAGCUCCUCUAGCCAUGUUAGCGGCCCAGUGUGGGCGCAUAGGCCACGAUAUCCCCCGCCCACAGAACCCUCACAUGUACACGUUGAAUGUUCACCCAGGCUGGUCUUCUCAACAAGGGCGUGGUCAUAGCAGUGGCCAGCAGCAAACGGGACUGUCAGAUAUCGCAGGUUUUAACCAUGGAUUCGAUGCGGUGUCUACGUAUAACGCUAUGGCUUCUUACAAUAGAGACUUGGCGUGUGCCACAAGAGGCACGGAUCAGAGGCUGUCGCAUUUGACGUUAGAUUUUCUACACCACUCAACGGGCCAUUCCCCGCCGAAUCGGCACCAUAUGUCCCCGCAUCCUCACCCCCAUCAUCCUCACCACCAUCACCAUCACCAUCACCAUCAAAUGCAAGUGCAACACAGUGUAUCUGCCAGCUUGAUGUCUGCCGGUGCUUUACCUGUACCAGCCUCGGUUAAUUACUCCUCGAAUAUCACCCCACCUUUGACGACGUCCGUGCCGAUCAUGUUGGACACAGCCUCUCAGCUGCCCAAACAGCUCUCUCCGCCGCCGGCAACCGAGGCCGAGGCUCACUGGUGGAGCAUUCAACAAAACCAGCCUGCACGUACAAAAGUGACUGUUCCACAUGGUCCUCUGUCGCCAAGCUAUGGUAUCCCACCUCACAUUAUCUUUGGCCAGGCAUCACCCACUGAAUUGGCGUAUCAGUCUUCCUUUCCAGGCCUUCUUGGCAUACAGAAACCCACAACUAGGCGUUGUCGACGAUGCCGUUGCCCAAAUUGUCAAAAUGCAAGCAGCUCUUCUGAUCCCCAGAAACGCAAGAUGCACGUGUGUCACAUUCAGGGAUGUGGGAAGGAGUACGGGAAAACGUCCCACUUAAAAGCACACUUACGGUGGCACGCCGGUGAACGCCCGUUUGUCUGUAACUGGUUAUUUUGCGGGAAAAGUUUCACUCGUUCAGACGAGUUACAGCGUCACUUACGCACGCACACGGGAGAAAAACGAUUUGCGUGUCACGAGUGCGGGAAACGAUUCAUGCGCAGUGACCAUUUAAGUAAACACGUGAAAACGCACGAAAGCAAGAAACUGAAACAGAAUGAUGACUCUGUCACUGAUCUGGACAGUAAUAGUGGAGACAGUGUGAACGUUGAACAAGAAUCGGACGAUGAAUUAGAACAUGUAGAAGUAGAAAACUGAAAAUUGAAACUAUUUAAAUUAGUAUUUUUGGAAGUCAAUUGACGCCAGCCGAACGCAUCCCACCGACUUCAAAGAAAUGCUCAAAUCAAUAAAUGCCAAAUACCAUUGCUCAAAUGUUGCUAUACUUUUUUCAAAGAAUUCUACGAGAACGUUGUCAUAUUCAAGUUUGUGAUCUUUCAGGAAGUGUAUUUUUUUAUUUGUUUCGACUGACGCACCACUUCAAACAAAGUUAUUUAAGUACAAAAAUGUUGCUGUGUUUCUACAUGCCAAGUGUAAUUUGAAUAUCACUAACUACUUUUGUUUUAUUUUAAUUUACUGUACAGAUGCUGUCAGCACAUUAAUCUUCUAUUAAAAUUGCUUAUACUCACUGAA